AUGUACAAUUCAAUGCACAAUUACUGUGCUAAUGCUUGUAAUCUGGGUAUUGCUCUUGCUAGUUUUCUUCUGCUGACUUUCCUGGAAGUAGCCCAGUCUUGUCCUCCAAUCUGUAAAUACUGCUCCACAGGGCUAGCAGAAUGUGAGCAUGUCUCAUCGCUUCAGGAAGUCUUACCAGGUUUGCCAAACUCCACAGAGAAAAUACUAUUACGUCACGGAAACCUCAGCAAGAUACCGCCACUGGCUUUUCAGAACUUCCCCAGGCUUCAUUUACUCUCCGUAACUGGAUUUCUGUUCUCUUCACUUCCAAACCUGACCUUUGUUGCAAAGGACGUCAGCAGCCUGAGGAGUUUGGAUCUCAGCAGUAACUGCCUGCUGAGCUGUGGGAUUGAGCCUUUGGCUUUCUCUGGCCUGGGAAACCUCGAGGAGUUGAUUCUUACAAACAAUGCCCUGGAUAUGCUGAAAAGUUCUUGGUUCUUAGAGUUGACCCUGCUCACCAAACUCCUCCUUUCUGACAACAAAAUUACAUAUCUUCCUCCAAGGACUUUUGAGAGUUUGGCUAAGCUGAAUGAACUCAUUGUGUCUUCCAAUUUCAUUCAAUAUCUUUCAAUGGACACAUUUUAUGGGCUAGCAUCAUUGACCAAACUGGACUUAUCAAGCAAUGAAAUCCUGUUUAUUAAUAAUGAUGUUUUCCAGCCUUUGCAGGCCCUGACGCAUCUGUGGUUGUUUAAGAAUAAGCUGACUGCACUGGCCAGCGUUCCAGAUUCUCUUACCUCCUUGUCUCUUAAUGAAAAUCCUUGGAUCUGCGACUGUCAUCUGGUGAGCUCAAUGCAGUUAAUGAAGGACAAAGUUCAGACACCCAGUGGCCUGGUUUGCAAUAGUCCGCCAAGCCUGAGAGGACGCCAUGUGUUGAGUGUUGGGCCUGAAGUCUGUGCUUAUCCAACUCAUGCAGGAAAUCUACCACAGGAAAGCACUUCAAAAUUGAACUCGCUGUAUGGCUUCACAGGAGGACUUUUCUUCAGUUUCAUCAUGUGCCUGAUUGUCUAUUUCAUCACAAAACACUGGAAAUAUAGCAGAGUUACUAAUCAGGCAGAGGAUGGACACAUCUUACAGAAGGACUCUGUGGAAGAGUUCCCAAGGAGCAUGACCGAUGCCCCUUCAGUAUCCCCACUUCCCCAUAACUGUGUGAUAAAAGCAAAUAGGACAAGAGGCUUUCAGGAGGAAAGUGAAGCAGACACAAUAGAAAAAGCACUGUAUGACCAUUUGAAGAACACGUCCCAAUCCAGCAGAGAACAUUCAGAAACAAGCUCCUCAGUGAAGAUGCCUGGAGUGGCCCUGCUGCCGGCUCACAGUCCCACAGGUAAAAAGAUCAUGGCGAUCUGUAAUGAUGGAAUGGAAAUUGGAAGAUUAACUGAACGUCCAGACCAAGCCACAAGCCCAGCAUUUCAGCAAGCAGGCAACACAAAUGUGGCGAGAGCAGCAGAUAUCCCCAGAUGUGUCAGUGCACCUGGCUUACUUCCUGAUGUGGAGAAACAACCUUCUCCAAAAAGGGAUCCUGGUUUGCAUUGCUCAUCGUUGAGCCGUGAAAAAACAAUCCCGAUGAGGGAGUGGAUGGAGAAUGGGGAACCUGCCUUGGUGAAAUAUUUGGAAACCCAGUGGGAAGAGCAGGCUUUGAGUCCCAUUACCUGGUUUUCUGGUUCUCAGUGUUCCCGGACUUUGGUAAAUGUAGUUUCUCCAGCAGGAAGUGCUACACAUAUACAAACAAGCAGAGACAGAAUUCACACCACCUCUAACAAGAGGAGUAAAUCCUGGAGCCCCUUUCACUUCAAUGUCUCCAGUCAUUUAACAGAGGCUCCUGGAGACAGUGUAUCUAGAACAAAUGCUGAGAAUGGAUUUGAGGCCAACUUGCAUUCAAGAAGAGAUAAAGACUGUGAGAUUUUAUGUCAAGAACAUUUUAUAAAGAGUGAGUCCACAGACAUUACUGAGGGCAGAUUCAAAGAUCAAGGAAUGAAAGAACCAGACUUGCAGAAAGACAUCUAUCUUAAGAACUGUUGCAUUGCACAAAGUGAAAGCAACAAUCAGAGAGAGACUACGAACACAAAGGAUGUCUACCUCACUCCAGAACGUGAAGCACCAGCCAACUCUCCACUUUCAGAUUUAGCCAGCCCUAGAAAACAUGCUGAUGCCAGUAACCCAGAUGAUAAAGGCAUCAAGCCUGCAGCGGAGAGAAAAUUAAUUAGCCCCUUUCCAGGAAAAGAAGGUAUCCAUCCCCCGUCUUUCUGUAAUAAUGAUAGAUUGAGAGAAGAGAGGCCCAGCUGUCGAACACCCAGGAGUGAGAAACUCGACAAAGAAUCUUCCUUAAAGAAUAAUAACUUAACAAAAGAGAGAUUUUGGAAAUACCAUACAAAUUGCUGCAAUGAAUACCAGCCCUGCCCAAUUGCUCAGAAAGUAUUAAAGGAGCUGAAGACUGCACUUCUGACUUCGAGAGAGCAAUUAGAUCUGUCCACGCAGGCUCCCCCCUCUGACAUGGAUCUUCUGAAAGAACAAGAAGUGACCACAACUUUCCUUGCCCAGUGUAUAAACAGUGAGGAGCCACUAACAAACAAAUGGGAAAAGGGAAAGUAUAGCACUUUGCCAGAUGUACAAGCUUCCUUUGCUCCUGAUGGAAUUUGCCAUCAAGAGUUGCCUGGAGACGACAGUAAAAUUUCUUGUGGACUUCCUCAGACAAUAACUCUGCAGCUAGGCCAACAAACCAGUAUGGCUCACCAAGAAGCUGAUGCUGAAUGGCAGUCUCUAAGUAAGACAUUUGUUGAACCCAUCAAUGAAUUUCAAGAGAGCACUGAGAAAUGCAUUGUAAAAGAUCAGAGCAGGAUGGUGGAUAGUUUGGAGCAACUGCUGUUAGGAAAUGCCUCUGCUAGUACCAAUCAUCUCCUGUCCAGAAGAUGCGAGAAUGCACGUAAUGAACAUGUUGCCCAGGACUGGAAGUCUUUUGAUGCAGAAACCGAUUCUGAUGCACUGACACACACGCAUAAUACCAUUAAUGAGCAUUUUGCAGGAGGUGAAGAAGGUUGUGUUCCUAUAUCUCCAAGUAUUCUACGCAGAGAACUCUGCAAUGUUAAAUCUCUACAACUCAGUGCUAUGGCAUCUGUCUAUACUUGCUUCCCUCUCAGUGCAGAUGAAAGCACCCUGGAUCCUGGCUCUCUAACUUCCAGUCCGAGUAUUAGUAAAGUUUCUUUAUUGGACAUUCAUGAAGUUGAACGUAAAAGUGUAGCAGACUGGAAGUCCAACCAUUAUUUGUCAAAUGAGGUUAUUUCGGUGCAGAAAAUGCAAAUUUCUCCCAGUGAAGAGAAAAGUGUAGACAGAUUGAGAGGUGAAAGUGCUGAUGCUGGAUUCAUGCUUAAUGAGAAGGAGGGAGCUCAGUUUAAUAUUGAUGAGGAGAAAACAAAGGAAUUUCAAUCUGACUGUACUGAGCACAAUUCAUACGAGUUAGUGAACAUUGUUAGCUCAAAUGACACAGACCACCAAAAGAAUAUUAGGGAGCUGUUAGCCCCUAGUGACAUUUUGAGGAUUGAAAAUAAUACCUGGCAUAAUACAGACAACAAUCCUUAUAGAAACUGCUUGGAAAAUGCCUGCAGUUCUAUAGCAGCUGAUCGUAAUGAAUGUGAUGAUGUUGGAUGCAAAAAGGAAACUGGCCAUGAAUAUCUAUAUCAACCUGCUGCAUCAAAAGGGUGCAGAUCCUCUACAAAUCCUUCUCUUACUGUUUAUGAAAGUCAAGCAGAAGAAAUCAGUGUUGCAGGCUAUGACGGUACUGUUUCUCACUCAGGCCAUGCCUCUAGGAAUACAGGAAUUCAGCAAUUUGCUUGUAAUAAAAAGGACAAGUCUCAGCUCCAAAAUAUACAGGUAAAUCCAAAAACGGAGAAUGAACCAGAUAUGAAAUAUUCUGACUCUAAAUACCACAUGUUAGUGGCUCGCAACACAGAUGCCAGGCUUCGUGUGGCAGGAGACAACCCCUCUAUCAGUCCAUAUUUAGAAAGCGGACAACCCCUGGAGAUUGGACUACAUUCGGGGACCAUUUGUCUGCCAGAGCAGUCUCACAGGUGUCUUCUGCCACAAGAUUCUGCGCUUUCUGACCCCCGGAAGAAGGAAUUAGAGCAAAACUGGAGUGAAAGUCUAUCAGCAAAACAACUUAAGAAAACGUAUUGUUCUGUUUUCAGACUACCUACUGAAGGCUCAUCUUUUGGGAGGCUUUGCCAGAAUGUAGACUGCACCAUUGAGCCUCCUCAUCUGAGCAAGGGAACAUCCCCCACUACCCCACUGACACCAAAUCUAUGUUUAUCGGAACAAGAAACUGAAAUACAUGCAAAUGGAGAGUCUUCAGCAUUCAACCCUCAACUGAUGGAUAAAGCCAUGUAUUUAAGUUGCCUUUAUAAUCCAAAGACACCAAGGAAACAAGCAAAUGAACUAAGUGUACUUUCUAAUCUCCGCUAUUGUAAAAUUUCAGCAAAAGUAUCUUUUGGUGUGGAGGGGGAGGGAGGGAGGUCAGUGUUGCACAAAAAAAAAGAAAAUGAUCCAGACCAAUUAAUGAGUGACCAUCAGUAUGAACCUCCAGCUAAAAAAAGUAGUCACCACAGAUAGCGACUGAUGUAAGUAUACUACCUGAUUUGAGGCACUAGACUUCGGUAGAGCUUUGCACAGCUAAAAUGUAGUCAACUUGUAAAAUGAAUGGGUUUGUGUAUGUAAAUGAAGACAGUCAAAGAUGAGUCAAAAAUACCACUACUAUAUUGUGCUGUAGAGAUACACGGAAUGCUUUUCUAUACACAGUGAUCUUGUACAUCACUCUGGCCCUGUGUUUUCAGUCUGUUGUCUUUCAUUCAGAAAUGUAAUUCCAAGAUACCCGUGUAUAUAAUUUUUGAUCUUGAACUAAUCAGAAUUGUUAAACAUCUCAUGAAAAAUAUUUAGUAGCAUGCAAGUUUAGGCCUUACAUUUGAUGUGUUCAGUGUAAUGCUGUACUUCAGCUAGGUGCAACCUGUUCAUAGAUGUUUUGGAAUUAACAAAACUUAGCUGCUUUAAAGAAGGAAAGGGAAAUGCUGAAAGAUGAUGGGGUGUUUUUCUUCAUUUUUAAACAUUUUUGGAAGCCUGUGAUUGUAAAUAUUUCCACCAAGUUUCUUCCUUCUCUUCCAUUGUGGGUAGACAAUGCUUUGAAACGUUCUGGGAGAUGGACUUUUCCCUUGGUUUUGAACAAUGAGUGGUUUCUUUGGGUGACAGACUUUACAUACUAUAUGUAGGGGAAAAUAUAGGGCAAAUUGGGUUGGACCAUCUAACAUUGAUGGUGCAAUGAAGCAUCUCUUUAUCAAAUGACGGGGGUAAAAUCUUUUUUCUGCAAAUAAGGAUAAGAUAUUGCCCUUUAUAUCCUUUCUUUAAGGAUUUUAAUCUUGUUGGUAUAGCUCAGUGG